AUGGAGAACGACACGCACGCCUCAACCCUCUGCAAGGCCGAGAGAGAAACGGAGCUCAGACUCACCUGCAUUUUUGACACCUUCUGGGAGAGGCUGGAACAGCUUGCGUGGCCCCCGGAACCGGGGACCCAACCUGAAGCUACGCCACACGGCCAACUACGAGAGGCCCAAGAGAAUGUCCCGGCACACGCCGCAAGUUCCCUUGCUGGGCCCCACAGGCGCCUGAAAACUACCAACCCGAUGUCGGGUGAACAGAGUCACACCAAGAGUGAACGCGACCAGGCACAGGCAAAGCAUCUUAAGGGGACCCCCAAAGCACAGCGCAGAACACCGCCUUGCUCCCCGACAAUGACCCAGCCUAAGAGGAGCAAUGGCCAACUCAUCCACACAUGCAAGUGGCAGACCAAGAGGCCUAAAAUGGCGGCAACAGCAGCACAAAUCUACAGCCACAGCUACAGCCAACGAAUACACUGGCAUGUGGGAACCACAACUGGAGCCACAUUAUACAUACCGACUAGGUCCUCUGCCCACACUGAGACUCUCUUCUCUUACACUGCUGGACCACAGGGAAUGCGGCACGCAUCAUCGCUGCAACUACCGGCGCAGGGGGAGCACACCCAGCCCCAACAAGGCAUCGGCUGA